GCCGUGCCGGCAGCCCCGCCACCCGGAAGGCUGGUGCCUGCCCGUCCCGUGACCGCGAGCCCGCCAGAGCCACCGCCCGCCUCCAGCAGGGGCCGGCGGGGGGGAGCCGCCAUGGCGGGGGACGCCCCCAGCAGCCUCCCGGUGCAGUUGGUGGAGCAGCCCAGAUUGCUGAAGCUGAAGGAGAGUUUUAUAGCAAAAUUUGGAUCAGCUCCCAAGUUUUAUGUUCGUGCACCAGGGCGAGUCAACUUAAUAGGAGAACAUAUAGACUACUGUGGUUAUGCUGUGCUCCCCAUGGCUAUAGAACAAGAUAUACUGAUUGCAGUAGAACCUGUAAAUAAUGAUGUUGUGCAACUGGCCAAUACAAACUCUUUGUACUUGGAUUUCAGUACUAGUGUUAAUGACAUUCAGAUUAACAAAACCAAACUUCAGUGGCAUAACUACUUCCUAUGUGGACUGAAGGGUAUUCAGGAACAUUUUGGUCUUAAUAACCCAACUGGAAUGAAUUGUCUGCUAGAUGGAACCAUCCCUCCAAGUUCUGGUCUUUCUAGCUCCAGUGCUUUGGUGUGCUGUGCAGGACUCGUGACACUAAGAGCUAAUGGAAAAACCCUCUCUAAGGUGGAACUUGCAGAAAUUUGCACGAAGAGUGAACGUUACAUUGGCACAGAAGGUGGAGGAAUGGACCAGUCAAUCUCUUUUCUGGCAGAAGAAGGAACUGCCAAGUUGAUAGAGUUCAGUCCUCUGAGGGCAACUGAUGUUAGACUUCCAAGUGGAGCAGCGUUUGUUAUUGCUAACAGUUGUGUUGAAAUGAAUAAAGCAGCAACUUCUCAUUACAAUAUUAGGGUAAUGGAGUGUCGUCUGGCUACGAAGCUUCUCUCGAAGUCAAAAGGCCUGGACUGGAAAAAAAUGUUGAGACUCCAAGAUGUGCAAGCCAAGCUAGGAGUUAGCCUAGAGGAAAUGCUGACCAUUGUCGAGGAGGUAUUACAUCCUGAGCCUUACAGCACAGAGGAAAUUUGUAAAUGCCUGGGAAUUAGCCUGGAGGACCUCCGCUCUCAGAUCCUUAGUCAAAACACGCAAGAUGUUUCCACCUUCAAGUUACACCAGCGUGCAAAGCACGUGUAUAGUGAAGCUGCCAGAGUGCUGGAAUUUAAGAAGAUAUGCAAUGAAGCACCUGCCAAUGCAAUCCAGCUGCUGGGAGAAUUAAUGAACCAGAGCUAUAUCAGCUGCAGGGAAAUGUAUGAAUGCAGCUGUCCUGAACUGGAUCGGCUGGUAGACAUCUGCCUGCAAUUUGGGGCCGUUGGGUCACGUCUGACUGGAGCUGGAUGGGGUGGCUGCACUGUGUCAAUGGUGCCUACUGACAAGCUGAAUACUUUCCUAAAAAAUGUUAAAAAAGCUUAUUACCAAAAUGAUGUCCAAAAGUUAGCAUUGAAGAAUAAUAGUCUGUUUGCUACCAAACCUGGAAGAGGAGCUUUGGUUUUUGUUGAGGCCUAAAGAACAUAAAUUUUUUUUAAAAAAACUAUGUAGGGCAUUUAGAACUGGCAGGACUUCCAAUGCCACAGUAAAUGAAAGCCUUCUCUGUUUUUUAUUAUAGUGAGCAGUUGCUAUUAUCAAAAUACAUUUCUGAAGAAGUGAUUAAAAGAACACUAAGAUCUAUUUUUUCCAAAUACUAAAAAUAGAUUUCAGUGUAAACAUCGAUUUACAAAAACCUAUUGACACAGAAAACUGAAAUUGAAAUAAAGAUGAUGGUUCGUUAUAGAGAUCUCUUUUCUUUUCCUUUUUCUGUCAUAAAAGUAAGACCAGGUGGAGCAGUGAACCAUUUUAUUGUAGGGUAGGAACCUUGCAGUGUUUGCAGAGUUUUCAGUGCUUACUCACUUCAGCUGCUGGAUGUUGUUUUGUUUAUAGAAUCCUGUAAAGAUGAAAGAUCAAACUAAGGAAUUAAACAAACAAAACAAUGGAAGGACCUUGCUAAACAUUACAAGUUUCAUGCUAGUCUCAAAUAUGAUUAUUUCUGUUGCGAUUAAUGAUAAUAUUGGAGGAGCACCUGCAGGCCAAGUAAAACAUCAGGAGCACACUAUGUUAAGCAGGAAAACGUUCCUCCUAGCUAUAUUCUUCUGGAGCGUGGUGCAAGGGUGACUUAAUAUGAAAGUUUUAGUGAAAAUCAAUGCUAUCUGUGAGCUGUACGAUACAACAUACUCCCCUUACUAAAUAAAUGAACAAAUAGUGAAACAAAGUUUGGGUCUGAGUUGUCCAAAUACUGUAUUUUAAUUGUUAAAUCCUAGCCGUGCAUCUCUAUAUGGUGGAUGAAUUUGCAUUUUCAUGCAAGACUGUUACAAAGGAUUAGAUGUAACUCGUUCACCAUGGUAAAAAAAAAAAUCUAUAAGGAAUAACUAAGGAGAGAAUUCACUCAAUUGUGCUAAGUAAAAGUUAAGUAGGUAUGACCAAGAGUUAGUAUCAUUAACUUCUUUCUGACAAACUGCACUCUCUCCCCUACUUCAUGCAGUGCCUAAGGAAGUUCCUAGCAGUCUCAAGAUUGUAACUGCAAUGCAUUGAACUGUAACAUCCACGAUUCAUAGCCCAUCUCCUCAGUAGGAGAAAAGAUUAUGAUUACCCAAAGAGAUGACUGUACAUUAAGAUACCCCAAUAAUAUUCUAGCCGUGCUUCUAAGUACAAGAUUAAUUUCCUGUGCCCACACUAAUUUGCGCUUCUCUGCCAUCUACAAUGAGAACUCAGGAGAAGUUUUGCUCAUGUCAUAACCCUUUUGGCCAUAAAAGAUAUAACAAGAUUUGUCCCUCUGCACAUUUUUAUGAUGCACAUGUGGAUGUCCAGAAGUCUGCAUCAAAUUAGAGAUCUCUCAGAAGAGAUCCUCUGGACAUUACCCAUGCUAAUUCAGGCCAAAUAGGAAUUCUUAGAGGCUACUAAUUCUGUGAGAUGACUCUGCCAAAUUUGAACACAGCCAGUGUAGACUGCCAGGUCUUUUCAGGAACGUCAGAGGGGACAUAUAAUGGUAAUAUUAUUGCUAGAGAACAUUUUUUUGUAUUUUGACAACCAAGAAAAAUUGAACAGAGAAUGCUGUAGAUCAAGCAAAUCAAGUAGUCAAGAGGAAAAGGACAGGGUCUGGACACAAAGGGGAGAAAUGAAGAGACAGGAUUUGGAGGGAAGACAGUUAAAAGAUGCAUUUGACAAGAGGCAAGCAAGGGAUAAGGGAAACAGUAAAGAAUGGGAUCUAGAACUACAGAAAGGUUUAAGCUCAAAACAUUCACUAAUACUAUUGAUGGAAAUGUAGUAUCUUGUAGCCUGUUUGUAAUGUACAGCAGAUGUGCUGUACAUGCAACCAAAUCUGUAAACAGGACUCCAAAAAUUAAAUAACAAUAGCUAAAUAUCUUCAAGAAUUUUCAAAUUAACCCCAGAGAUUUUAAAGAAAAAUAAUGCCAUGGCUUUAUUAUCACUGGUCUUAAUAAAUACAGUCCUUAGUUUGAGUGAGUCUCUCCUUAUAAUCCUGUCAUAAAAGCAGCAUACUCCUUCAUAUAUUUGAGUUGAACUUUAGUUCAGCUGUAUUCGUGGAAGCUCUAACCAGUCUAUGAGAAGAAUAAAGAUACUUUAGAUUCAUUUUUUCAAGUUGAACAUAUCACACAGUCAUGGAACCUUCCCAAAAACAUGCAUGCAAGCUUUUGGGCUGCAGCACUUUUCAAUGAAUCUUAUAAAUGAUAUUCUCAUAAACAAACUAGCACAAUAAUAAAAGAAUAAAAACAAACGUUCUAAACUUCUGAUUAAUUUAUUUCCUUUCCUUUUUUAUUGCUUCAAUUUUUUGCCAUACUUUUGCUGUAAUCUGCAAAUAAAGUUGUGACAUAACUAAUUGAAAGAUUUAUGGUAUUCAGAGUAUAUAAAUUAAAGUGUUUGUUUUUUUUUUUUUUAACUACCAGUAGGAGGUAAUUGUUUCUUUUUAAAUAAAUUUAAAAAAGAAUGAA